UCUGAGAGUGAGUGCUUCAUGUACUUUGAUGCAUUCAGGUGACGGCAGUGUACUCUGCAGGUGGGGCGUUCAAAAACAAAGCUGCGUCCAUUAAGCGAAAAACACUGGAAAGCGCAUCCUCUAUUAGUGAAAAGACCUUACGUCAAUUCUGAACUAUGGAGCGCUCAAAACAGUGUCACGAUAAUGAAUCGGACAGUAAACCGACUACGAACGAAAGAUCUAUUAAUGGACACUUGGUAAAAAAAGACAACCAGAUCUUGGUAGGCCUAGCUCAAGGGACGGGGACGACCGGUGAGUCGAGUUCGCACACAAGGUCCUCGGUGGUAGAGGGCUGGAAGCAUGAGCGCACCCGAAGUAUGGAAGACAACGAGAUCAACUUGCCUUGUCUUGCGGCUGCCUACACCACUAUUCUCCGGGGGCUCGGGGAGGACCCGCAAAGACAGGGACUUCUAAAAACUCCGUGGAGAGCCGCGACUGCCAUGCAGUUCUUCACCAAGGGCUACCAGGAGAAAAUCAUAGACGUGCUGAAUGACGCAAUCUUUGACGAGGACCACGACGAGAUGGUGAUCGUAAAGGACAUUGACAUGUUCUCCAUGUGCGAGCACCACCUGGUGCCCAUCUUUGGAAGGGUCCAUAUAGGCUACCUCCCCAAUAAGAGGGUGCUGGGUCUCAGCAAGCUGGCCAGGAUUGUUGAAAUCUACAGCCGUCGACUGCAAGUUCAAGAGCGGUUGACCAAACAAAUUGCUGUGGCGAUCACUGAAGCUCUGCAGCCUGCCGGGGUGGGCGUCGUCAUUGAGGCAACUCACAUGUGCAUGGUGAUGAGGGGGGUGCAGAAGAUGAACAGCAAGACUGUGACCAGCACCAUGCUGGGGGUGUUCCGGGAGGACCCCAAGACACGGGACGAGUUCCUCACCCUCAUCAGGAGCUGAGAGGGACAACCAGCCCACAAACCUGCUGCACAGCCCAACUCGGAUCCACUCUCCCUGUCGCCUGGUUGGAGCAGCAGCCGGCACACAGCAAUUUCUGUACAAAGCCUAGAGUCCGGGCUUGGUGGGUGUGUGUGCGUUGUGUGUGUGUGUUUUAUUCCUCCACCCCCUUCCAAAUCAUCAUAUGGUCACAUGACAUAGCCAUGUAUGUAUUACUUAAUGCUGUCUGCCAGGUGGCAGGCUUAACCUAAAAAACACUAAUCAUUGAGCCAGUGUUUUUAUGGUUGCUUAAUUUUGUCCUUUAUUUUUUUAUUUACUUUUAAUAAGAUUGAACUACCAAUUACAGUAAAGAUACUUACACCUACAUAGGAACAUCCUAAUAUUAAAAACAAUUGAUCAAUCUUC